AUGGCAUCCAACGUUUAUGAGGGUUACGACACUUGGGCAAAGGAAGUGAGCCUCCCGUCCAGGAAUGCUACCAUUGCUACCCAAUUCCUCCAAACAGCCCCUGCGUCCAGAAAAGGGAAACUAGAGCCGUUGUUCCCCAAAGUGGCUAACGACCAAGUCAACUUCCGUCUUGUUCAGCCAAACUACAUCGCCGUCGGCUACUACUACAACCAGGGUGACCCUGCGGUACAAGAGAUAGCACGUCAUUGUUACAUCAGCCCUUAUGUAGACGACUGCUUGGGACAAUGGCUGUUUAAUUUUAUACUCAGGGCUCUUGGGUACUUCAACGGCAGAGAUGCGAACUUGUCACUUGUCGCCUAUAGUACCGACGCCUCCACCAAGUGCAAUUAUAUCAGUGGUGACUAUGGUCAGGGGCCAAACAAGAGGACAUGUCCUGAUAAUUCCACCAUCAGCACUGCCAACCCUUUUAUUGAUUCCACUAUGGGUAUCAAAGCUCAGGCCAAGAAUUCCCCUUGCCGUCGGAACUUGACUGACGAGCAAAUGAGAGAGUUGGCUUUCCUUAUGGACCAAGUCAAUGCGAUGACUUAUACAGCGCUUGCAGCGCAAGUGCAAACGUCCCUUAUAGACGCCCACCAGAAUGUUAUGAUAAGGGCACGCCAUACAUUGGAGUCCGCUCGUACCGACACGUGCCCAGAAGAAGUGACAGGAAACGGGUGCAAGUCGACUGUGGAAUAA